UUCUACUUUGAGCAUUUAUGUUUUAAUGCGAAAGUGCAAGCAAGGGAUGGGAGACAAGGUGCAGAUCAGGCUAUAAGAGAAGUCAUGUUCAUGUUCCAAAAACAAGACCAACAAAAGGGCUGUUUCUCUUUUGGUUGGCUGCUUAAUUAGCCAUCAUCAUCAUCGUCAUCAUCAUCAUUAUGGCUUCAUCUAACAGGCACUGGCCUAGCAUGUUCAAAUCCAAGCCCUGCAAUUCCCACCACCAAUGGCAGCAGGACAUCAACUCAUCUCUCAUCACAAGUGGAUGUAACAGAACAACCCCUUAUACUAGCUCAGUUAGUGGGUGUGAGGAACGCACGCCGGAGCCAAAGCCGAGGUGGAAUCCAAAGCCGGAGCAAAUUCGCAUUCUAGAAGCAAUUUUCAACUCCGGCAUGGUGAACCCUCCUAGAGACGAGAUAAGGAAGAUCAGAGCUCAAUUGCAAGAGUACGGUCAAGUCGGUGACGCCAACGUCUUCUACUGGUUUCAGAACAGAAAAUCAAGAAGCAAGCACAAGCUCCGCCAUCUCCAGAAGCAAAUUACCCAAAACAACCCUUCAGCUGCAGCCACCGCCGCACCUUCAUCCUCGUCAUCAUCUUCCGAGAAAUCAUCUCCCAAGAGCACCACCUCGAUGGGGUUUCCAAAUGCUAGUAAUGUUUCGAGCUCUCAAGGUGGCUCGGUGAACCACACCUAUUUUCAGUCUCAAGGCGAGAUUUUUCCAGAGCCUUUCUUCUUCCCGGUGCAACCGGCCGGAGGGUUUUCGUUUUCUGAGCUUUCGAAUGUUGUUCAAGUACCCGAAAACACGGUUGGACCUUGCACCAGCCUCUUGCUGAGUGAGUUGAUAAUGAGCCAUGGCGGUGGAGGUUCAAAGAAAGAUGAAGAACAGAAAGCCAUUAAAGUCCAUGAUCAUCAUCAGCUGGAUUCCACUGUUAUCCCUCCCUCUUCUACUGCUGCUACUGUUCCAUCGCCCAUCAGUCAAAUUCCAGGUGUAGGUGGCCCGGCGAAAUCAACGGUGUUCAUUAACGAUGUGGCCUUCGAGGUGGGCGCAGGGCCGUUCAACUUGCGUGAGGCUUUUGGCGGUGAUGCGGUGCUAAUUCACUCCACAGGUCAGCCGGUUCUCACCAACGACUGGGGCGUCACCGUCCAGUCACUCCAGCACGGCGAAUUCUAUUAUCUGAUAUAAUACGAGAGUGUGGAAGGUGAAGAGAUGGGAGUUGCUAAUUAUGCUACUAGCUAUGGUUACUGUGCGUUUUAUUUGUCUCAUGUCUUUAAUUUAUUAGGGUUGAAAAUAGGCCAUGUUUGGAUAAUAUGAAAAGUUGUGGACG